GUCACGGGUCUUCGGCAGGUCUGGACGGGGCGGAGCCCGGCCGGGAAGGGAAAAACGGAAGGCGAGGAAGUGAUGCCAAGUCGAAUUUGGGAACCAGAAGCGGUGCGGCGCGAACGCUGCGCUGGGGCGGCUGGCGGGGCGUCAUGGAAGUGCCCGCGGUGAACCUGAAGGCUAUCAUCCUGGUACACUGGCUGCUGACGACAUGGGGCUGCAUGGCAUAUUGGCUGCCAAUUUCCUACCCGUGGGGUAACUUCACCAUUCUCGCCCUGGGCGUCUGGGCAGUGGCCCAAAGGGAUUCUAUUGAUGCAAUCCUCAUGUUCCUCACUGGACUUCUGCUGACGAUCCUGACGGACAUAAUCCACUUCAGCCUAUAUUACCCUCAGUCGUCUUCGCUGCCCGACACCACCCGCUUCAGCGCCGGCAUGGCCAUCUUCAGCCUCCUCCUCAAGCCCUUGUCUUGCUUCUUCGCCUACCAGAUGUACCGGGAACGUGGAGGAGAGUAUGCCUUCAACCUAGACUGGGAGGCUUCGUCGGAGCGAUAUUCUGCCCAGGAUGGUGUCCUCAACGUCGGGCAGGACCGCAGCUCGUACCAGCCCAUCGACCACCCGGAGCCGCCGCGCCCCUACCCAGACGUGGCUACCAAGGCCUCCCCACCUCCCCCUUAUUGAGGCAUCCCCUGAACCGUCCAAAGAACACUGGGCCCUUUCCUUACUGCGCUGGGGAACAAAACCGUCUUCGCCACUUAGCCCCAACCCCACCAG